AUGGUGGUGAUGCGGGGACUACUCAUGCUCAUGAUCCUAGUGAUGAUUCUGUUUGGCGACCUAGUGAGGGCGGAGGUAACGAACAAGGAAGCGGUGACUCCCGACCUCCUCCGCGUGAUGAUCAUGGCUCCUCGCAGUGGGAUCACGCCCAUGAUCCAUGGGCGGCCUGGAAUGAUUACCAGCAACCCAGCUGGUGGGGACAUUCCAGUUGGGGAGAUCGUAGCGGCUGGUGGCAAGGCUACGAUUGGCGAGACCAAAGACGAUGGAGACAACGGAUGGGACGACGCCUCCAGAGGCGUCCCUCGGCGCCCCGAGAACUCUCGUGGGCCGAGCGAAAAGAUGGUGGUUCCCACUUUUGACGGCGAGAUCAACUCCACCUACGACGACCUCGGCUCUUCUGCAAGAUCGUAUGUUCGGCAGGUGAGUGCUUGGCGUCGCAUGACGCGUCUCAGCGCCGACCAACAGGCGCUUACCUUGUAUCAGAACCUCUCCGGCAAGGCCUGGGUGGACGCGGAAAAGUUGCACAUGGACCGGCUCGCGGCCUCCGACGGCGUCGACUACUUUCUUGGAUGGAUCAAGGAGAGGUAUCUCGACGUCCAAAUCACACAAGUGGGACGCAGCCUCUCUGGUUUCUUCAGAGGCCUCCGUAGGAAGCCUACCCAGACUGUCAGGGAGUACCUUUCGGAGUUCGAUCGCGCCUAUGCGCGACUCAAUGAAGUCGGGUGCUGCUUACCUGAUGUGGCGGCGGCCUGGGUCUUUGUUGACCGUAUGGGACUUGAUGAACAGGCCGAGCUCAACCUCUUGGCGUCCGUCGGCAACGUCUACGACCUCCAGCAGCUGCAGAAGGCUGCGAUCGUUCAUGAUCGCACCUUGCGGAAGCCUUGGGAGACGAUGCCCAAGAAUGACAGGAACCCUCGCCGCGAAUGGUUGCCGAGGCGCAACCACUCUGCGCUUCUGACUGGACACGACGAUGGCGAAGAGGACUUCCUCCAGGAAGACGGCCAGCCUGAGGUCGAUGAUGACGAGAUCGUCCCGGAAGAUGUCGCGGCUGAGUACUACGAAACCUUCAUGACGCAUGAGUCGGCAAAGCAACGUUACAAGGAGACCCUCAAGCUACGUGGCAGCGACCCUGAGUCCUUGAAGAAGCUGUCUGAGGAUCGUCUUCAGGCGGCAAAGGCGCGAUCGUAUUGCGCCGGUUGCCGACGACGAGGUCAUUGGCACCGAGACGCAUGCUGCCCCUUGAAUAAGGCUGCCGCUGGGACCUCCGGAACUACCUCUUCGGGAACCUCCCCCCUUACCUCAGGGCAGUCCUUGAAGCCGGCAAAUCCGCCGCCUCACAAGCCUGAUGGAGGGCGUCAGCAUGUGGUUCAUGUCACUUGGGACCUCCAGGACCAGGGCGGCCCCGACUUGAUGGCGAUCACGGACACCGCGUGCUCGAGGAGCGUGGCCGGCAUCAACUGGAUUAACUCAUACGUGGCUUUGGCAAAGCAAAAGGGCUUCAGCGUUGAGUUUGUGCAUAUCCAGGAAGCCUUUCGAUUUGGCGCCUCUCGAGUGUUCGAGGCCCGCCACGCUGCGGUCAUCUACUUUCCUAUUGGGGAGAAGAUCGUGGGGCUUAAGAUUGCCGUCGUCUACGGGGAGGUGCCACUUCUGAUUUCGAGACCGGCUUUGGCACUUUUGGGGAUGAUCAUGGAUGUGGCCCGCAAUGUCGCCACCUUUCGCGCUGUCCGUGUCAUAGAUUUGCCGCUGAAGAUGACCGAAACGGGGCAUCCAGCUUUCCCGGUCCAACCUGUGGACCCCAAGAGCCUGAAAGGACCUGCUACAGACUGGCAGUCCCAAGAGAUCGGCAUCUUCUCGCGCGCUGAGCAAUACAUGGUGUUUGCUUUGGAAUCUGUAGAGCCUCUCCUAGGUGAAGUCGAUGUUCGUUGCAACAAGGACCCGAAGGCCCAUCACGAACCUCACCAUCCUCAACGAGUCUUUCAUCCCAAAAGGAUCGCGGCUGCUACAAACAACCUUCUUCUGGCAGAUGUGUUGAACCGUGAAAGUUUCUUGGCAUGGUGGUCACAAACUUCAAUUUCGAACGACUUUUGGAUACAAGGUGAGCACAUCAUGGUCCGGGUCCACGUGGCGAACCUCCUGCAGAGCCUCGGUUUCAUGCGUGUUGUGAAUGCAGUCCUCUCCGAGAUGAAGAAGGACGAGCUGCUCCGGGAAGCAGCUGCGCGGAACCUGCCGGUGAACCCUCGCUGGACGGUGGUAGAGAUUCGCUCAGUGAUCCAAGAGGACAUGAGCACCGAGGCGACGUCGGCGACUUCAUCCGUCCCACCGGUGGGACUGUCGAAGAUGACCUUGCAAGAGCUGAAGGAGAAGGUCGUGGAGAUCGGCCUCGAGAUCCCUGCCAAGGCCACCCGCGGCAUCCUGAUGCGGAUGGUGCGGGACAACGGGGGCAAAGGCCCCGAAACCAUACUCACCUUCGGGAGAUACCAAGGCAUGCGCUACAUGGACACACCGACCGGCUAUCGCACCUGGGCGGUACGAGAGGUGGUGAACAACGACAAUGCCUCGGAGGACUUGCGGAUGUUCGCAGCCUGGUGGAAGGCCGAGACCGAGAGUCGAGGAGUGGUCCAUCCGCCUACUUACAUGGAUCCAGAGAGCAGUGCUUCGAUUCCCUAUGUGCCGAACGAGUCGGAGGACAGCGCUGCCUGGGAAAGGGUAUCGUCCUAUGUUCCGGCGAAGGCCAAGGCGAAGUGGAGCGGCUACCAGGCGGCACCGUUGACUACGACACCGAAGCGACGCUCGGCACCUUCCGAGAGCAGCUUCUCGAGCCGCUCGCGCAUGGACCAGGACAUCCCGGAGGAGAUCUUGGACGAGGUGCAGCACCUCGAAGAGAGGCUGGCGAUUCUGCGGCAGUACGGGGACGGACCAGUGAGUGGGCCAGACCCACGCGACUACAACGAGGACUACGACGAGAUCUACUUUGAGGACGAUGAGGAGAAGCUCGAUUUUCUUCGAAAUCAGGUUGCACCCUUGGGCGUUUCACGCGAGGAUGCGAUCUACAACGGGGAAAUCGGGAACGAGAAGAACGAUUUCAAGGAAACCAACCUGGAGAACUCCAACCUCUACCUGAACCAUGGUCCCGCGGAAUGCGUUCAAGAACAACAUAUAAAGGACAGCGCAGAACGUGGCUAUGAGUCUGCGCCGGGUCUUCCAGGACAUGUUCUCUUCGAGGAAACCAAACUGGAGAACAGCAACCUCUACCCGAACCAUGGUCCCAAUGUUUUUGAGAAUGCAGAGAAGAUCUCCGUCGAGUCCUUCCCCGAGGUGUUCCAUUCCGACACAGAGGAUUUCUUUGAGAUUGCCAGCGGCGAGGAGCACUCAAUUGUUCAAGAAGGUGCAGAUUUUCAGGUUCUGGCUGCGUCCGAUUCUUCCUCAUCUACUACAACCCUGAGGUGUGAAGCCUUGGCUCGCGAGAAGCUGCGCACGAAGGCCUUUUCUUUUGCCGACCUCUACGAGAUCGUCCAGCUCAUACCACUCCGGAAGACCAAGAAGCACAGAUGCAUCAGCGGGGGCGCCGAAACAACGGUCAACUGCUUCUUUGCCGGCCUCUACACCCACGGCGUUUUCUCGGGGAUCACCAAAGGAACAGAAGCAUUGCCCUGGGUGACCCGGUAUAUCAAUGCGUUCGGCCGGGACAAAACCGACGGCAGCUGGAGCUCGUGGAUCCUCAAUAAGAACGUCAAGUCCAGCGUGCACUCCGACAGCCACAACCUCGUCGGCACCAACAUCACGACGAUGUGCUUCGGUGACUUUUCCGGUGGAGAACUAUGGGUUGAAGAUGAUGCAGCCGACAUCGAGGGCGACGCUGUGUUCAGGACUGACGCUUUCAACAAGACCCGAAAGGGGAAGCUCAUAUCCACCAAGGAGGCACCGCUCGUCCUCGACCCCAAGCGCAAGCACUGCACAGAGGCGUGGCAAGGAGACAGAUGGACCCUCGCUUUCUUCACCCCGCGCGGUUUUCCGGAGUCCACCCCAGCCUUACGAGACCGCCUUCGAGACCUUCGUUUUCCUCUUCGUGGUCUCCCUAUCGAGGAACAUCGCCAUGAUUUUGCGCGUGCGCCCAGACCGCCCAAGAGCACCCGCAAGGGGUUAUGGAAGGCAGCGAAAAGACUCGCUUCAAUGACUGCGUGGUGUACGAUGGCGGCUACCUCUUGGGCAACUACAGACUUCCCUCUCGGGAGGAAACAAGGAGCACCCACCUUGUUUGAAGUUGGCGACGUGACGAAGACCUUGGAGGCUGGCGACUUUGACUACGUCUGCAUGGAGCCCCUUCUCCCUGAGGAUCUCGGACCACCGAAUGUUUUCUCUGAGGCCAAGGACAACCUCGUGAAGUUCGAGCCCGAGACCGUUUGGGUCCAUGUCGAAAAGAUAAAAGGGUCUCUUGGUCCGCUCCAGCAGGUGUUCGAGGCCCAAGCAUGCAGUGGCAGGCCUCUGGUGUUUGAGUUUCCCGAGGACAAGAACGACAUCACCGGCGGCGAGCUCGAAGAUUUCCUUGAAAAGUAUGACGGCCACAGCGAAAGCCAUGACGGAAAACGCCGCCUCGUGCGUAUCAAUGUUCGGGAGAACUCUUCCCCCGACCUCUCGCUUCCUCAGGGAGAUCGAGCCAGUUUUCUCUUCGAGUCCUACAUGGCCUCUGGAGGCGCCCGUGGAAGCGACGACCCUCCGCCAGAAGUCCUACAACGAGGAGCAGAAGCCAUUUCUUUCACGAAGGGAGAGACAAUACCUGGACCGGUACAAAGCUCUCUCAAAAGGCUGCACCAAAAUCUCGGGCACGCAAGCCCAAACGAUAUGGCCCGACACCUACGUCUUGCCGGAGCUGACCCUACAGUGAUCAGCGCUUGCAAAAGGAUUCGCUGUCAAGUUUGUGAACGGCAACAACGAGGCGGUUCCCCGAGACCCGCGAGCAUCCCCAACCUCCUGGAGUUCAACCAGGUGGUCGCCUUGGACGCUUUUACCACCUACGAUGCUUUUGAUGACAAGGUGGAGUUGCUCAUGGCGGUGGACCUUGGCACUGGUUUCUGUUUGGCAAGCGAGCUCGAUGGUCAUUCCGGAAAGGCCAUGGAAGCCACCUUUUGUCGGAUGUGGAGCCAAACUUUCGGAGCACCCGGCACCCUGGUGCUCGACUUGGAGACAGGACUCCAAGCAGGACUCGCACGUUUCUCCGAGUGGCACGGGACACUGUUGCGUCCCAUCGCUGCCCAAGCUCAUUGGCAGCAAGGCGUCGUCGAAAGAUGUAUCCGGACUUGGAAAGAAGUCUGGGUGAGGACCGUCGAUGACAAGACUGUCACCCGGAAAGAGGCCCCGCUGGCCAUCACCUCAGUGAACUCGGCGAUGAACACCCUCAGGCGCCAAAGCGGGUUCAGCCCUUCUCAGGCAGUGUGGGGACGUGAUCCUCGACUUCCCGAAGACCUCAGCGACCACCAGCUUUCGGAGCACUUUCACCACGUCCUCUCCAAAGAUAGAGUACGAGCGCGAGAACACACUUUGCGCGUGGCCGCCAAGGAGUCCUUUUUCAAGGUCAAGAACGAUGAAAAGCUUCGCCGUGCUCUACUGCAACGGACAAGGGUUUCUGGAAGCGACCUCGAGAUCGGCAUGCACGUCUUCAUGUACCGGAAGCCUAAAGAUUCUAAGAACUGGAAGUGGUUCGGGCCAGCUACUGUUAUAGGACGCGAAGGCGGGAACUACUGGGCUUCUUUCGCAGGCCGGUGUCACUUGAUUGCCCCAGAGCACAUCAGGAUUGCCACUGGAGAGGAGUUAGGAGCUGCUUUUACGUUGCGGGCGACAAAGGAAGACUUGGAGAAACUUCUGGAGGUGCCCUUUGCCGACGAAGAGAUUUUUGCUGGAGAUGACGGCGACCAAGGCGACGAUGAUCUCGCGCUACCUCCUGGCGAUGGUGACGCUAUGGACGACCAGGAACCUGAAGAGGAGGGAGCCGCUUUUCCCCCUGUAGCCAAGAGAUACCGCACGAAGGGACCACAAGACGCCGAGGACGACGUCUUCGAUGAGUUGCUGGUCUCCACCGUUGGCCCCGAGAAGAAGGACCUCCAGACCGUCUACAUGAUGAAGCUCCCCAAGACGCCCCGCGCCAAGGAAAAGGCUCUUGAGAAGGAAAUUCCCUGGAGCCUUAUACCUGAAGACCAACACGAGGGCUUCAGGGCAGCCGAGAGAACUCAGUACGACGAGCACAUCCAGCACGACGCACUGGAGCCGCUUUCCGUCGAAGAGAGCAGGGAGAUCUUGAGGACUAAGCAUGACCGAGUGCUGAGUAGCAGGUUCGCGUACAAGGAUAAGUUUUGGUCCAAACGAAAAGAACACCCAGACAUCGGCUGGAAGCACAAAGCCAGGCUAGUGAUUGCCGGGCACCGCGACCCCGACUUGAUGAACGGUCUCAACACCCAUGCUCCUACUGUUUCCCGGCAAGGAAUCCUCCUCCUUCUGCAGAUCCUCGCCAGCAACCUCCAUCGUGGAUGGACAGGCCAUGCCGGCGACGUUUCAGCGGCUUUCCUGUGCGGCGAGAACCUCCUGAGGGAGCUCUUCCUCAAGCAACCUCGCUCCGGGCUUGGAGAUCUACACCCUGAGCAAUUGCUGCGCAUCAAGAAGACUAUCUUCGGGCUGGUUGACAGUCCGGCAGCCUGGUGGGGAAAAUUCCGAAAGUCUUUGACGAGUACGAGAUUGUAUGGUGAGCAUGGGCGCGUGUGGGUGAUAAGCAACUGCUCCCUGGACCAUUGCAUUUUCAUUGUCCAAGAAGAGAUCACCGACGAAGAAGGACGGCAAGUACUACGAGAACCCGAAGCCUACAUCGGGGUCCAUGUCGACGACGUCCUUUUGGUGGGCGACAACGACCUGUGCCGCCUCAUCCAGAAGGAGCUCAGCGCACAGUUCCCCAUCAAGGAGUGGGAAAGUGGAUCGUUUGAGUACGUCGGAUCCUACAUCGACAUCAAGGAGGACAUGAUAAUGGUGUCGCAGGCGAGCUACACGACUACGAGGCUUUUCGAGGUCGAGGUGCACAAGGAACAGAGCGACGAGGACCCCGCGAGCGAGGUCCAGAAGCACGACAAUAUGUCUUUGAUAGGUGCUUUGUCAUGGUUAGCUAGCCAGAGCCGGCCAGACCUGCAAGUGGGAGUGUCAAUGCGUCAGCAGAGGCAACGCGACCCCCUGGUCUCAGACAUCAAGUUCACGAACCUCAUGGCGCAAAGGGCCUACGAGCACCAAAAGGAGGGUGUGCGCAUCUUCCCGAUCGACCUCGACCGGGCGACUCUCCUAUGUUUCCAUGAUGCAGGUUGGGCGAACGCCCCGCAAAACCAAGAAGAUCCGUACUACAAGCUCACUCCGGAAGAGGACCAGCUCGGAAUGAUCACCAAUGGCCCUAUGAGCCGAAGCGAAGCCCGAGCGAAGCGUGCAAACUCGAGUGUCUGCUCCCAGUUAGGCGGGCUCUUCCUCCGCGCCGACAACAAGGUGCUCCAAGGUGGAAAGCACAAGGUGAGCACUCUGGAUUGGAGGAGCGGCGCAUGCGACAGAGUCUGCCGUUCUACGUUUGCAGCUGAAACUAUGGCGUGCGCCACAGCCAUCGAGACUGGGAUCUUCAUUAGCCGAUUCUUGGAGACCUUGCUCACCGGGAAGCUCGCACGGAAUUCCUCACGGCUUCAACUGCGUUUUCUGAGCGAUUGUAGAAGUCUGUACGAUCACUUGAUCAGGGACGGAGUCCCACGUGUCCCCUCCUGUAAACGUCUUGCAAUUGACCUAGCCGCUAUUCGUGAUGAUCUUAGCGAGGUCGGUAGAAUUGCAUGGGUUCCCACGGGUGCCCAAAUAAUGGCCGAUCACCUCACGAAACCGCUCAAAGCGGCCGACUGGUGGCGGCAUUUGUCAGAUGGUCUCGAGUUAACUUUUCGAGAGGACCCUGUAUAG